AUGCCCAGUCAAAUUGCAAAGCCAGCCAGCAAUGGCCCCCUGUUUCCUGAUUAUCUUCGUAAGUUACCAUUCAGGUCAGAACCCGAGGUCUAAUUGAAACUCGUUCAGCACACUAUGACCCCCUUGAAAAGAUCGCGGCUCAUUUUGGGCCCCUGCAUGUUCAUGGUUGGAUGCCACAUCCUGAAAAGGGCCCCGCGGAAUUUGUCAUCGUUUAUGAUUCGAAAGAAGACUUGAGAUUGAGACGCUUCUGGGCCAGGAAGAAUCCGAUUCAAUUCCAUGUCGAUCAGAGUCCUGAGUGUUAGCCACCUGGUAUUACGUUUUUUGCGGUGAUUGAACAGCCUGAGGGCGUGGGCGGUGAUACUAUCUUCGCGAGUACGGAGAGAGCGUUUAUGAAGUUGAGUCCGAAGUUUCGUAGUAGAGUUGAGGGGUUGAAAGCUGUGCAUACCACCGCGGCACAACUUUCUCGCGAGAUCGAGGAUAAUAAGGAGAAGAGUACGGUGCGGAGACCGGUUACUACGUCUAUUCACCCCGUCGUGACGGUUCACCCUGUUACCGGCGCGAAGAACCUCUUUGUCAAUUCCUCAUACACGAAGAGAAUUGAAGGCUUUGACGAUGAUGAGAGUGAGUACCUCCUCAAGCUCCUGUUCAACCAUAUUGCGAGUGGUCAUGAUUUCUCGUGUCGUGUGAGGUACCAGCCUGGUACGGUGGUGCUUUGGGACCAGAGGGCUUGUCAGCAUAGUCAAACGCUGGAUUAUGCGGUGAGGGAGAGACGACAUGCGUUUCGGUUGACGUGUUUGGCGAAUGUGCCGAUACCUAGUAAGAUUGAGGAGGAGGAUGAUGGGUGUGCAUUGGAGGAGGGGAGGGAGAUGUUGGGGUUGUGCUGA